AUGUUUACGCUUGAAGGCGAUGCCUACCAAAGUCGCAGUGUGACACGCGAUGCCCAGUUGAAUAAUGGUCUUGAUUCUUCGUUUUCCGCAGUACGGGUAUGCUCACGGAAGCGCUAUGUGUUCACUUCAUCAGCCGUUUUGCAACGAGUUCAUAUGCCCACACAUGAACGAUGUGUCGAACGAUGCAUUGAAAAAAUUCGAUUUUGUAAAGCUGUUGUUUUCACACCGUACAAAGAAAAGUCAAUUGGCGUAUGUACGUUGUAUUCGGAAAACAGUGUUCAACGACCGGUAGCGCUUCACCCAGAUGCUUCUGUAGAACCGGUUUCCACAUUCUACGAGAUUCUGGAAUCAUGCCCUAGAUACGCGUCAUCGGAAAUCACUAAUAAAAUAUCUACAAACCAUCGAAAAAAGCUAGAAGAUGUGACGGACAAUUCCGGAGAGCUGAUAGAUGAAGAUUAUCGAGCAGAUGCAUAUUUUCCGGAUCGCGAUACGUUUGGUGAAGAAACAUUUCGUUUGAAUACAGAUAGAUAUGCAACGAUGACUCGGCUGUACCCCGAGACCGAAACCAAGAAACCUAGCUUUCGGUCGCCACCUGGCAGUCUAAGGACUUUCUUGGAAUCGACGGACACACGUUCGAGCUCCUAUGUGGAAUCUGCGGACCAACCACCACGACCUAAGUCUCCUUUUGAAGGCCUUGUACCUAUAGUUCCAGUCGCAGUUCUUCACAUGGGCCAAGCUAUGAAGUAUGGAUCGGAUUGUCCAGCUGGUGCACCAUGCAUGCAUACUAUGGCAUCUUUGGAUUCAUCGCCAUGUCCUGCACGCCAAAAUGACCCAUGUGCACCUCGUCAGCCAUGUUACUCAGCAGCAUGUCAAAGCUCUGACCCCCACGUUACUACCGUAUCGAAAUGGUUGGAAUGGGGUCCAUGUUCACAAACUUGUGGUCCAGGAACAAGAAUGCGACAAUGCGCAGGUGCUGGCUGUGUAGGAUCUGCGACUGAGCCAUGCAUGGUGAACCCGAUCUGUCAGCAAUGGUCCCAAUGGGGAGCGUGGUCGCUGUGUUCAGCCACUUGUGGUGAAGGAGAGAGAAAGCGCUCAAGGGAAUGCAUCGGUGGCCGUGAUUGUCCCGGUGUCAGUACGACUGUAGAGACUUGCGCAACUUCGCCAUGUCCAACAUGGAGUAACUGGGGACCAUGGGAAGGAUGUAGCGUAUCUUGCGGACCGGGACUGGAGAGACGAAGCAGAAAAUGUCAGAACAGCAACCUCUGCCUUGGGCCAGCGAUUGAUACCAGAACAUGUGACCUCGGUGAAUGUCCACAGUGGGGUGAAUGGACACCAUGGUCAGCCUGUACGAAAAGUUGUGCUACAGGGGAAACGAUGCGCUCAAGAGAUUGUGUACAAGGAACAGCUUGCGAUGGAGCUUCGGAAGAACGAUUACUCUGUAACCAACACGACUGCCCUACUUGGACUGAUUGGACAUCUUGGACUGUAUGCUCAAGCAAAUGUGAUGAGGAAUCCUAUAGAAUAAGAAAUAGGGUUUGUAUGUAUCGUGGAAUGGCACAUGCAGGAUGCGAUGGAUCAGCACAGGAUCAGUCUAGCUGUCCUAUGCGUCCUUGUCCAGCGUGGUCGGAAUGGAAUGAAUGGUCAGAAUGUUCUGCUACAUGUGCUCAGGGCAGUCAACAAAGAUCACGAUCUUGUGAAAAUGGAUCAGAUUGUCUUGGAUCAAACAGGGAAAUGCGAUUUUGCCAGCUAGCUAGCUGUCCCUAUUGGGAUGAAUGGAUGCCAUGGACCGGGUGCUCAGUGACUUGUGGCAGUGGAUAUUGUGAACGUCGCAGACGGUGUAUAACAGACGAUUUGCUGAAUCUUCCAAACCUUGAAGAUUUGGAAGAAUCCCUUUUUGAAGCUGAAAAUAGCAAAACAGACAGGGCCAAAUCUAAUCUAAUAGACCGAUCUCGAGGCUCAGGAAAAGGUCCUCAUCCUCAACUCAUCCAAUCAGCUGAGGAUACCAGGCGAGCACCAAUUAGGAACAUUGAGGGCGGUGGGACAUGUAUCGGUCCAGAUAUAGAACGAAAGCCUUGUGAUGCAGGCCCAUGUUGCACUUGGAGUGAGUGGAGCGAAUGGUCCCCUUGCAGUGGCUGUGGUAGAGAAUCUACGUCUUCUAGAACUCGCAGAUGCAGAGUAACUGAAUCCGGAGCUAUUUUUCCAUCCUCCACAUCCCAGCUAGACUUCCACGGUGAGAUUGGACCAUACCUAAUCAGCCCGCAGAUAAAAGGUGGAUCAGUCUCGAUAUCACCGAUUGUUCCCGUCAAUCAUCGAACACGGAGACAAGCAAUGUUUUCUCAAAGAGGCGCGAAUUGCUGUGAGGGGAACGCCGUAGAAACUCGACAGUGCAAUAUUCCAUGUCAAACGCCAACUCCGUGUGCUUGGACGGAAUGGGGUGAAUGGUGCGGUUGCAGAAGAUGUCGGGCUGGAAAAGAAAGUCGCCGGCGCUACUGUGAACGGCCUGGGGCCAAACCUGGCACGUUGACCGUGGAUCCUACCUGUCGUUGUGUUGGGAACGAUCUGGAAGAAAGAGAUUGCAUUGUUGAACGAAUAUGCGAGAUGGAACAGCCGAGUGGUGCAGGUGCACCUCCUGCAACUGAACCGAUUAGAAUAAUUUCAAGUGAACCCCCAAGAACGAUCCCAAGCAGCACCACAAGGAAAGAGACUCCCAGCGAAUCACCGUCUCUGCCACCAACUCGGCAGACUAGUAAGAGCACAUCUCGACAAGCUAGCGUUGGAACAUCUCGAACAACAAGCAUUGAAACAUCUCGACCAACAAGCGUUGGAACAUCUCGAACAACAAGCGUUGAAACAUCUCGACCAACAAGCAUUGGAACAUCUCGAACAACGAGCGUUGGAGUAUCUCGAACAACAAGCGAAGGAACAAGUCAACCAGAGGGCUAUGGGCAAGAAGCUGAUUCUGCUUAUUCUUUUGGUGACACUGCUGCAGACAGUUCUGAGGUCUGUCGCUGGUCGAAAUGGUCAGAAUGGAGUCCAUGCGAUGACCAUAAGCAACGACAUCGAAACCGAUUCUGUAUAGGAAGUGACACACUGAUAAGCGACUGUGAGUGUGUAGGCCUCUCAACUGAGGAGGAGCACUGCGACAUGACACGAAUUGCGAACGAAGUUGACUUCAACGUCGGCAAGGGACCCUUUGAUAGCGACAUAAGCUCUGGUGACGAAGCCAAGCUCGACGAGAAUAUCCAGUCUGCAUUGGAAUUGGACGAGUCAACCGCAGGCCACAACGAAGUGUCACUAAGCGCCAGUGUCAUUAAGACGGAGAAGUGUGAAUGGACUAGAUGGUCGCAGUGGUCGGCAUGUACAGUAAGCUGUGGAAUGGGAGACAGACUACGAAAAAGGCGUUGUUCUUGCGGGGACAAUCAAUGCGGUGCCGAACCAGAUCAGGAAACUUCAAAAUGUUCGGAAUGGAAAUGUGAUAGGAAAAUGCCUCCAUUAUUCAAUGUGGAUUAGUGCUACUAUCCGUUUAGUAUGUUGUAGACUUGAGCAACGAUGAUUUGUGUAGUCUAGUAGAUUUUAAGUUCCAAAGAUGUACCGUGUUUUCGUUCAUAAUAACUUUCUUUCACCAACAUUUUAGCUCAAAUCAAAGUGAUACUAUAUUGUAAGACUGGCUUCAACUUUAAUGUGCC